UCACCCAUCACCCAUCUUUCUCUCAUUCGCGUCUUUGCAUUUCCGUCCAUUCCGCAUGCCGACCGUCCCUCCCCCCAGCUGAUUGCCUGACCUCGAAUUGUCCGCCAGCAUGGCUGGACGCCAGCCAGGAGGGCCUCAAGGGGGUCCCUCCAACAAUCGCGACAACCUGCUCCUGGAUCUCGACAACGACCAGCCCGUCUACAACGAUGGCCAGCGGUCCACCCUCAACGAUGACGACUUAAUGCGAUUCCACAACCAAGAACAAGAUCCCCAGGGCCGGCCGUCCGUCUCUUACGAUGACUUCGUCGGCGGCGGCGGAGGUACCUCCAACACAGCACCAGCAUCGCGCUCCGCAGGCGGCUUGGGAGUCCCAGGAGGACCCGACUCUGGCAACAACCCCUACCUGACGAGGCAAUACAGUCAGACGUCGGACCUGAACAACUACCAGCGCUACGCCGACGACGACGACGACUACCCUGCUGAAGGCGAAUCCUACUACCACGGCGGCCCCAGGGCGAACGAGAACUCUCCAGGUAUGGCCAGGAACAAUGCGCGGAAUCGAAAUAGUGUCCUGGGCCUGGGCGGAGGUUUUUUGGGCAGGGUAAAGAACAAGUUGGGAAUGGGCCAGGGUUAUUCGGAGAUGGAUCUGCCCUUGACGGAGCCAGGCCACGAACGAGGUGACUCCGUUGGAGGUUCCUCGCAACAACAGCAAUUCAAGAAGGGGGGAUUUGACAUGGGCAACUUCAAAUUCGGCUUCGGGAAAAGCAAACCUGAUCCCUCAACCCUGGGUCCCAGACUCAUCUACCUCAACAACCCUCCCGCCAAUGCCGCCAACAAAUUCGUCGACAACCACAUCUCCACGGCCAAGUACAACGUUGCCACCUUCCUACCCAAGUUCCUUCUCGAGCAAUUCUCCAAGUUCGCCAACGUCUUCUUCUUGUUCACUGCCGCGCUGCAGCAGAUUCCCAACCUGUCGCCUACGAACCCGUACACCACCAUUGCGCCCCUCGGCGUGGUGCUUCUCAUCUCAGCUGGAAAGGAAUUGGUCGAAGAUUAUAGGAGAAAGCAGGCCGACAAUGCCCUCAACACGUCCAAGGCCCAGGUUCUACGAGGCUCUACAUUUUCAGAGGCGCAAUGGAUCAACGUGGCCGUGGGAGAUAUCAUUAGAGUGGAAUCAGAAGAGCCCUUCCCCGCUGACCUGGUUCUUCUGGCUAGUUCUGAGCCCGAGGGUCUCUGCUAUAUCGAAACAGCUAACCUGGAUGGCGAGACUAACCUCAAGAUCAAGCAGGCUGUGCCAGAGACAUCCACCAUGGUGUCGCCGAGCGAGCUGAGCAGACUGGGCGGCCGAAUCAAGUCGGAACAGCCCAACAGCAGUCUUUAUACGUACGAAGCGACCUUGACGAUGCAAUCCGGAGGUGGAGAAAAGGAACUCGCUCUCAACCCUGAACAGCUUCUGCUCCGAGGUGCUACCCUGCGAAACACUCCCUGGGUGUACGGCGUAGUCGUGUUCACGGGACAUGAGACCAAACUGAUGCGAAAUGCCACGGCUACCCCAAUCAAGCGUACCAAGGUCGAGAAGCAGCUCAACUGGCUGGUUCUGGUGCUGAUUGGUUUGCUCAUGGUUUUGAGCAUCGUCAGUACUGUCGGUGACCUCGUUCAACGGAAUGUCGAAGGCGAUGCGCUCUCAUACCUUGAACUGGAGGAUACGGACACUGCUGGAGCAGCCGUGAAGGUGUUUUUUAAGGACAUGGUCACCUACUGGGUUUUGUUCUCCGCGCUGGUCCCUAUCUCUCUCUUUGUCACUGUCGAACUGGUCAAGUAUUGGCACGGAAUUCUCAUCAACGACGAUCUCGAUAUGUACUACGACAAGACCGAUACGCCGGCCACAUGCCGAACUUCGAGUCUCGUCGAGGAAUUGGGCAUGGUCGAAUACGUCUUCUCGGAUAAAACUGGAACCUUGACCUGCAAUAUGAUGGAGUUCAAGCAAUGUUCUAUCGCAGGAAUCCAGUACAGCGACGACGUGCCAGAAGAUCGACGCCCGGUUAUGCAAGACGAUGGUACGGAAGUCGGCAUCUUCGACUUCAAGGCCCUCGAGGUUAACCGGAAGAACCACCACUCCGCGCCCGUCAUCGAUCACUUCUUGUCGCUCCUCUCAACCUGUCACACUGUCAUCCCGGAAAUGAGUGAAAAAGGCACUAUGAAGUACCAAGCUGCUUCUCCCGACGAGGGCGCCUUGGUUCAAGGUGCGGCUGAGCUCGGAUACAAGUUCACUGCACGAAAGCCCAAAGCUGUCAUUAUCGAGGCCAACGACCGGGAGUUCGAGUAUGAGCUCCUGGCCGUUUGCGAAUUUAACUCAACCCGAAAGAGAAUGUCUACCAUCUACCGAUGCCCCGACGGCAAGAUUCGUUGCUACUGCAAGGGUGCUGAUACUGUUAUCCUGGAGCGUCUGAGCGAGGAGAACCCCCACGUCGAAAUCACAUUGCAGCAUCUCGAGGAGUACGCCUCGGAAGGUUUGCGAACUCUUUGUCUGGCUAUGCGAGAAAUCCCGGAGCAGGAGUAUCAGGAUUGGGCCAAGAUCUUUGACACCGCUCAAAUGACUGUUGGUGGAAACCGUGCGGACGAAGUCGACAAAGCCGCGGAGCUUAUCGAGCAUGACUUUUUCCUUCUCGGUGCAACGGCUAUUGAAGAUCGACUCCAGGACGGUGUCCCUGAGACGAUCCACACUCUGCAGCAGGCCAACAUCAAGGUGUGGGUAUUGACUGGAGAUCGACAGGAGACGGCUAUCAACAUUGGCAUGAGUUGCAAACUGCUCAGCGAGGACAUGAUGCUGUUGAUUGUCAACGAAGAAACGGCUGCUGCUACUCGAGACAACCUCCAAAAGAAGACUGAUGCCAUCCGCACUCAGGGCGACGGCACGAUUGAGACCGAGACACUGGCCUUGAUUAUCGACGGAAAGUCAUUGACUUAUGCCCUGGAGAAGGAUCUGGAGAAGUUGUUCCUCGACCUCGCCGUCAUGUGUAAGGCUGUUAUCUGCUGUCGUGUCUCGCCUCUACAAAAGGCACUGGUUGUUAAGCUGGUGAAGAAGUAUCAAAAGGGCUCAAUCCUCCUCGCUAUUGGCGACGGAGCCAACGAUGUCUCCAUGAUUCAGGCUGCUCAUAUUGGUGUUGGUAUCAGUGGUAUGGAAGGUCUCCAAGCUGCGCGAAGUGCCGAUGUGGCCAUUGGCCAGUUCAGGUAUCUUCGGAAGCUGCUGCUGGUCCACGGCGCCUGGAGUUACCAGCGUGUGAGCAAGACGAUUCUCUUCUCAUUCUAUAAGAACAUCGCCUUGUAUAUGACACAGUUCUGGUUCACAUUCCAAAACGUCUUCUCCGGUCAGGUCAUUUACGAAUCCUGGACUCUAUCCUUCUACAACGUCUUCUACACCGUUCUCCCACCUCUGGCCCUUGGUAUCUUAGAUCAGUUCAUCUCGGCGCGCCUCCUGGAUCGCUACCCUCAGCUGUACAUGAUGGGCCAACAAAACUACUUCUUCAAGCUCAAGGUCUUUGCGCAAUGGAUCGCGAAUGCGGUAUACCACUCCAUUAUCCUCUACAUUGGCGGCGAGCUCUUUUGGUAUGGUGACCUCAUCCAAGGCGAUGGUAGGAUUGCUGGCCAUUGGGUUUGGGGAACCGGACUGUACGCCGCGACUGUGCUCACUGUCCUGGGCAAGGCGGCUUUGGUUACCAACAACUGGACCAAGUACCACGUGCUUGCCAUCCCCGGUAGCAUGGCUUUCUGGUAUCUCUUCAUCGCUGUCUACGGUAUCGUGGCACCCAUGGCCAAUGUGUCCAAUGAGUAUCACGGCGUAGUGCCCAGGCUCUACAGCAGCCCCGUCUUUUGGCUCCAGACCAUUGUUCUCGCCAUCCUGUGUCUGAUUCGAGACAUUGCGUGGAAGUUUGCGAAGCGCAUGUACUUCCCGCAAACGUACCACCACAUCCAGGAGAUCCAGAAGUACAACAUCCAGGAUUACCGACCGAGGUGUGCUCUCAUGAUGCCGCUCUUAAUAUUAUGUCCAUACUGAUUGAAUGUGUAGAAUGGAGCAAUUCCAGAAGGCCAUCCGAAAGGUUCGGCAAGUGCAGCGCAUGCGCAAGCAGCGAGGCUACGCCUUCUCUCAGGCAGAUGAGAGUCAAACGCGUGUGCUCCAGGCAUACGACACAACGAAGAACCGUGGAAGAUACGGAGAAAUGGUGAGCUCGAGGCCGGGUGGGAGGUAGCCGGCCACGGCUCGAACUCGGCGUGGAUGCUCGGGAUGGAAAGAAACCGUGAUUUAUUGCGCAUGACGAAAUAAAAACCCCGGGCCUGCUUAGGA